UGACAAUCUACCGAUCACCGACACGACUGCAAAUUGGCCCGCGUACAAUUAAUAGUCACCUCAGAUUUUUACCGCACCAUUGACAGACGGCACUGUAAUGCGCAGCGGUGCCACGACUGUAACACCGAAAAACGUCUACAUGACUCGACCGGAACAAAAGACGAUAGCAAUGGUCCAAGGUGUGCCAAUGGCGUAGGGUUGUGGCUAUGUAGGAGGUGCCAAUAUGGGCCACUUCGGCGGAGUUUACGGCAACUUCAGUUUCUUCAAUACGGCGCUGUUGGAGAUGCCCGUACCCCACGUUCACUUGCCAAUCAGCGGCAAUGAAACUAAAGAAAACAUUGUCAAAUGGAUGUUCCAAUUUGAUGCCACAGUGCUACUAUCGAAUCCAAGCACGGCACGGUCGAUCGCGGACCAGUUGACCAGGGAGGGCAAGACCAUGGAAAGUGUGCGGCUGAUUUCAUAUACGGGAGAGUCAUUCACGAAGGGCUUGCGGGCCGCGUACAAGAAAGCGUUCCCCAAUGCCGUGGCCUACCCCAGUCUCUAUGGUAGCAUUGACGCCGGGCCUAUUGGCAUUCCGCCACACCCAUACCAAGGAGGUGAUGACGACGUGGCGCCGACAUAUAAGGUCCUCGCGCCUCUACUCGUGAUGGAAAUCAUGGACGAGAAUGGCAAGCCCAUCAAGGAGAACGACCAGAAGGGUUCUAUUGUUGUUACGCACCUCAUCAGACGCCUACAACCCAUGAUACGUUAUCCCACCGGCGACAUUGCCAGCUGGGCCGACUACUCCAACGAGAUCUUCCAGCUGCACGGCCGUGACUCAGUGGGCCUUAAGAUUAUCAAUACUCAUCUUCCGAUUGCAGUGCUGCGCGAAACAAUUGAGGAGUCUCUCGGUGAGGGUGUGUCACAGGGUUCGCAAUUUGUAGUGCGCCGCUCGAAUGGGUCUGAUGCACAAGAGCUCACGAUCCGCAUUGUGGCCAAGGAGCCCGCCAACGCGGACAGUGUCCGCGAGAAAAUCAAUACUAAGUUUUGUCAGAUCAGUGCAAAGUGGGCGGAACAUCAGAAGAAUGGUUACAUUGCGCUAUUGCAAGUCGAGUGGAUUUCAGUAGAUCAACUACAGCUAAAGGGUUCGGGCAAAGUCAGUGAUAUCUUAGAAGAAAGGUUCUAGAUUGAUGCCGUAGUAGUAUACGAUGUUGAAGGAGACCUGAGAGGGGAUAAGGUGGGGGAAAAGCAUAUUGCGCA